AUGUACUAUGGUAUCACUAUCGUUGUCUCAUUUCACCCACUCUUCAUCACCAAAGUGGACCAAGCGUUUCAUGUGAAAUGCUUUUUCGAAGAAGCUAGUCGUGGUCUCACAGCAGAGCUUGGCGUUAGUACCGCUAUCACUUCCUUCUUCGCUAUUGAAGAGCGCACAGAUCGUGUCAUCCUUGGAAAGUUCUCGUCGGAAGGCGUAUUUGAUCGUUAG